GACUGGGAAGCUGCGUGCUGUCACAAACGAGCCCAGCUGAAAGGACUUCUCUCUGCUGCUAACUUUCCGUCUGUCAGCCUCUUGACAGCCCGCACGCGCGAUCAACUGGCGUGUCCACGUGCUCAAUCAGCCAGUCAAUCAUGGAAUUAUUGGGUCGAUAUCUGGACCGAAGCAACUCCAUAAGCUCUGUCACAACUCAAGAUGUUAUCAAAGAGGAGAACCUGAGAGACGACCUCAAGUUUUACUUCAUGAGCCCUUGUGAGAAGUACCGGGCCAGGCGACACCUUCCCUGGAAACUCGGGGUGCAGAUUCUCAAAAUCGUCAUGAUCACUACACAACUCAUCCUCUUCGGCCUCAACAACCAGCUGGUGGUGUCCUAUAAGGAGGAAAACACAAUGGCCCUAAAAAACCUCUUCCUGAAGGACUACAGUGGCGUGGACGAGGACGACUACAGUAUUGCCGUCUACACGCAGCAGGACGUCAAGGAGAGUCUGUUUUAUGUCAUGGAUCAGUACAGCCAGUUGGGCCGGCUCUCUGUCGGUCCCAUCAGUUACGCUGAGGGUGAAGACGGCCAGCUGCUGCCUCUCGUCAUCUGUAAAGAGUACUACAGGAGGGGCAGCGUGGAGCCGUCGGAUGAGGCUUAUGACAUAGACGCUCAGCUGGAGGAAGUGUGUAUGUCACAUGAUCCAACAACUGCAGACCUGUGGAAAACCCAGAAUUCAUCCUUUUUUGAUCUGGACUUUUACAGGCUAGUUGACAUAAAAAUAACCUUCCAGCUGAAAGGAAUCAACCUACAGACAGUUCGUUCACGGGAGUUACCGGACUGCUACUCUUUCUAUGUUACGAUAACAUUUGACAACCAGUGUCACAGCGGAAAGGUGAAAAUAUUCCUGGACAUCGAUUCUGAGAGCUCUGCAUGUCGAGACUGGAAGAUAUCUGGGACGGCUCAGAAGAACACGCACUAUCUGCUGGUGUUUGACGGCUUCGUCAUCCUCGUCUGCAUCACGUCAGCUGUGCUGUGCACCCGCUCCAUCGUGCUGGCUGUCGGGCUGCUCCAGAGAUUCUCCAGAUUCCUGCAUGAGAAAUACAACCGUAAAGUGUGUGAGGAUGACCAGGGUGAGUUCCUGAACGGCUGGUACGUGCUGGUCAUUGUGAGCGACCUGUUGGCCAUAAUUGGAUCUAUACUGAAGAUGGAAAUACAAGCAAAGAGUCUCACGAGUUAUGAUGUGUGCAGUAUCUUCCUGGGAACGUCUACGUUAAUGGUGUGGGUCGGUGUGAUCAGGUACCUCGGAUACUUCCAGAAAUACAAUGUGUUAAUUUUAACCAUGAAAGCAGCCUUCCCCAAAGUGCUGCGUUUCUGCUGCUGUGCCGGCAUGAUCUACCUCGGCUACACCUUCUGUGGGUGGAUCGUACUGGGACCGUACCACGAGAAGUUCGAGGGCCUGAGCCGUGUUGCCGAGUGUCUUUUCUCCCUGUUGAAUGGCGACGACAUGUUCACCACCUUCGCCCAGCUUAAGGACAAAAACACUUUGGUGUGGGUCUUCAGCCGGGCUUACCUCUACUCCUUCAUCUCCCUGUUCAUCUACAUGGUGCUGUCGCUCUUCAUCGCCCUCAUCACCGACGCCUACGAGACCAUCAAGAACUACCAGAAGGAAGGAUUCCCCUUGACGGACCUGCACAAGUUCCUGAGAGAGCAGAAAGAUGUCCGUGUUGCAGAGGAGAGUAGUCAGACAGGCGUCAACGUCAAAUACUCCAUGUUCUGCUGCUGCCAACGGGUUCCCGAGAAUGACGAUGUCAUACUGAUCAGCUGACCGCUGUCUCCCUCGUUCGUGGAAGAGGAGGAGGAGGAGGAGGAUGCUGGGAACAAGACUUCACACAUCUGAUUCGGACUUGGAGAUUAGACAAUACACAGCAAAAUCCUGACGAAUAUAGUGUCACCGUUACAAGAGAGAUUCUUUCUGUGAGGUGCAAUAUGAGGCACUUCUCCUCCAACAUGAAAGUGAAACUGGAAACAAAAACAUUUCCUAACGGUAUCUUAUGAUGUUCAGGAUGCUGUUGAAAAGUUUACAGGGCCUUUUUAAGGUCUGCACAUGCAUUAAAUUGCAAAAGAACUGGACAGUCUGCAAUUUGCAUUUGCAGCAACAUUUCACUGUUGCUGCAAAUGCUGCUGCUGUGCGGCAUUCUGCUGUGCAAGAUGUAAUUUAUUUGUCAAGUGUUGUAAAGAUUGCAGUAAAUCUAUUUUUUUUUUCAUUUGUUCAUGGUAUGUAAUGUUUCCUGUCUUUGCUGUAAGUGUGCUUUUCUUUUCAAAUUUGUGUCAGACAGCAAAUCAAAAGUAAGCCAGCGAAGCAGCAGACUAACUGGAUUGUUGAUGUGUUCAUUGUCAUUAUAAUUGUAGAGGGAAAGUGAUACAUGGAAUACGAACACACAAUGCAUUUCUGCAUUUCUGCA